AUGCCAGAUUUCGUCCCAGGAAGAAGUCACACGUUCCCAUUCACUGGUACCGUAGUCAAAGUAGCUGAAUUCACAAUACAAACCACCCACGUAUUAAUCAAACGGAAGCUUUACGAAGGAGGAAACUCCUCUACUCACUCAUCAAAACUUCUUCAACGGGAAGAGCUUGGAAUAGCUCUUCUAUCUACCUUUCAGAUGUUUCGCAAUCGCGUAGGAGGUGAAGAGAUAAAAGAUUUAGAUCCAACACCCAGAGCGCAGCAAGAACCAUGGCGAUUCACACCCUCACUUUUGGACAACAAUUUCACUUUCAAUGCCUUUUCCAAUGGAACACCAGUACCUUUCUACACACCUACACCGGGAGCGGCGAAUACUCUAUAUCAUAAUCAAGCUGGAGAUCUUCACACGCCUGGCAUGGGUAUGGGUAUGGGACUUGGAACUCCUCUUUCACUCCCAACUUCUACAGAUGGCCUCCAUGCUCAUACUAUGAUGGACAUGUCCCAUUUUGGUCACCACUUGCCUCCACAUUUUCAGAACUUUAACCCAUUUGCACAUCCCCAUCAUCAACAGCAAACCCAGCAACAGACCUCAUUCGCGCCAUCCUCCUUCGUUCAUCAGGAUACAGGUUACGAAACAAUGGACCAUGACGGAUCUCCUAUGGAUGAUGACGAAGGACCGCUUGGUACCAUGGAGCGGGCGAUGCACCAAUCUCCAUUGACGAGCUUCCAGCCACAAUCGUACGGCAUGUCCAUGUCUGGACCGGGCCCUCAAACUACCGAGAAAUUCCGUUUUCACGUCAUUCUAAAUGCUCCAACGGCCAUGAUUAAACAAGCCGAUGAAAUCCCGGUCACGUAUCUCAACAAGGGACAGGCAUAUUCCGUCUCCGUCAUGGAUACUGGAUUGACUCAGCCACUUCAACCAGGAACUCGUUACCGGACAUUCGUUCGUAUCUCAUUCGAAGACGAGCAGCAGAGGCAGCGACCUGCUUCGUGCUGGCAGUUAUGGAAAGAAGGAAGAGGUACCAAUGAGGCGCAUCAACGCGGUGGAAAGCUUCAGGCUGUAGAAUACGUUGAAUCCACACAGCCUGGCGAGAGUGAUGAUAAACGUACUCGCGUGGAGCUUGACACGGCUUCCUUCGAUGGGUUUUCUGUGAUUUGGACCCCAGCUCCCAACUGUGCCCCCGAGUGCAACAUUGCCGGUAUCCCGGUUCGAUUUUGCGCGAAAACCCAAACGCUACCUUCUGGUUCUCCACACGUCAGCGAGACCUCUGAGGUGGCCUUUUGCAAAGUAAAGCUCUUCAGAGAUCAUGGAGCGGAGAGAAAAUUAGCCAACGAUAUUGCGCACGUCAGGAAGACCAUUGACAAGCUAAAGCAGCAAAUAAGUCAGGCAGAGACUGGUAUGAAAGAUUUUGGGAAGCGAAAGAGAGGCUCAACUACAAAGGCGCAAUUGAGUGAGCAGCGGCCUGGUAAGGUUCAAAAGCAUAAACGUACCUGGUCCAUGUCUUCUGCAUCUUCUGCAGGUGGACGGGUUCCUAUGGAAGAGGAUCUUCAUUCUAAGCUACGAGCGAUGUCAGAAAUGUCUCAAGCACACGACCAAGUAGCGUCCUUUUCCUGCGUGGAUUCUGAACAAGAUGAUCCCGAUAUCCACCCAUCAGGCGACGCUGGAAGCCUAAGUGGCUGGAUUGAGGCUUUGGGAGUUGAUCCAUCUUACAAUCCGCCUGUAAUCGAACAACCUGUCAAGCCAGCAGCUUGCUUUUAUGUACUCCGCCGAGACACGGCUCAGCCAGGCAAACAUGAGUACCAUCGAGCUAUAUACUUGAUGCAACGAACCCUCAAAGAUUUUAUUGAUGCCAUCGCGUUGAAAUGGAAAAUUGAGCCUACCAAAAUCAUGCGCACUCUCCGUGUACUUGACAGUGGUCUACAGGUCGAAAUGGACGAUGAUGUUGUACGAGAGCUUUCCGAAGGACAAGACUUCAUCCUGGAAGUUCAGGUUUCUCCAACACCCGUCAAACGUGAAUGGGAAAUGGAUGUCACUGUAGACAAUGACAAUGCUGGGGCGACACAGAACGUUGUCCCGAGCGAAGGAUACGAAUUGAGGCUAUUUUUCUAA